AGUGGAGCGGGAUGUGCGCAUCACGAACUGCUGCGCACCUUAGCAUACCUCCACAUUAAAUUCAGUUAACCACGUUUACUUUUUACCUGAUUAAUAACUAUUUCUGGUCGGCGAUGGACGGAUCUUCAAUUCUCGGCCGCCGUCUCCAGCCGGAAUCUAACCCACACUGACCCAUCUCAGUGAUAUUCUGCAACUCUAAUCUCUAACCGUUUCUCUCUCCAUUUCCUUAACAAAAGUACCUCUGUAUUCAUGCUUUCCAGUCCACAUAUUCAGAAGACGGUUUAUCUUAAUUUGCUAAACACCACUUGAGGAAAGAUGGCGAUCUAUGAAGAUUCCCAAGAUCUGGGUUUUAUUCACUUCUGUCCUUCAAAUCUCAGUGCGGUAAUGUAUGGGCACUGAGCAUAACAUUAAGCUUUUCAGGCUGCUCAUAGCUUUUGCUUCAAGAAAUUAGUUCUGAGGUAUUUAAAAUUUUGCAUGGCGUCAAACAGAGAAAUGGCUUUUAGAGCCAAGGAGAGUGCUGAGAGACGGUUUGCUGAGAGAGAUUUUGUGGGUGCAAAAACUUAUGCUUUACAGGCUCAAACCCUAGAUCCGGAGCUCGAGGGUAUAUCUCAAAUGGUGGCUACAUUUGAUGUUUAUAUUGCUUCUGAAGUUAAAAUUAGUGGUGAGAUUGAUUAUUAUUCGAUCCUUGGGCUGAAGCCAUCUGCCAACAAGGAUGCCGUGAAGAAACAGUAUCGGAAGCUGGCUGUGCUGCUCCACCCUGAUAAGAACAAAACGGUUGGAGCUGAUGGGGCAUUUAAGCUUGUUUCUGAGGCAUGGACCCUGCUGUCAGAUAGUGUGAAGAAGAGCUCUUAUGAUCUGAGGAGAAAGAAACAAUUUUCAUCCGGCUUAGUACAGACCACUGGGGUAAUAGUCACUGAGAAUUGUUGCAAGUCAUCGAUAUCUCAUGGUAAUCCUCAUACUUUCUGGACUGUUUGCAGCUCUUGUAAAGUUCAAUAUGAGUAUCUUCGGAAGUAUCAGAAUAAGAGACUUUCCUGUAAGAACUGCAGGGGUGUCUUUAUAGCUGUGGAAACGGGGACAGCCCCAGCAAAUGGCUCUUUCCCUUAUUCUCCUUGGUCCUAUUUUCCUGAUAGUGGAUAUGGGAGUCAUGGAUAUAAUGGGAUUACAUAUUUUCCUAAUAAUUCUGUAUUCCAUUCGGGGAAUGGGGUCCCAGCAUUUCAUACUGGGCAUGGUUUGGACUAUGUUUCAAAUGUGUCAUUUCAGUGGAGCUCAUUUCCUGGAGUUUCUGCUGGAAUUGUGGAUCCUAAUGGGCCGUCUGCUGCUAGACCCACUGAUGGUAUGUAUCAAACCAAUGGCAACAUCGGUAGAGGAGGGGAGAAGGUCAAAUUGGGAGCCAAUGGAAAACAUGCAGUUGCCAAUGGGGGUUCAAAUGUGCUAAACGGCUGUAAUGAAUCUUCAGGCUCCAAGGGUAGACCUAAUAAGAAACUAAAGGUGGAUAUGGAUGGCUCUGCGAGAAAUGGGCAUGAGGAAAUGGGUUCCAAAACCACUUCAGAAGUGAGAGCAGUUAAUGGAAAUGUUGGACCUAAUCCGAAGCUCUCUGGCCCAUGUGAAACUGCAACUAGACGUUGCUCAGCUGUGCCAGCAUUUGAUGCAAGAAAAUUGUUAAUUGACAAAGCAAGAACAGAAAUCCGGAAGAAACUGGAGGAGAUGAGAUUGGCUUCAGUUGCUGCUGAGAAGUCAAAAAUACCUAAUGGAGUUGGUAAGCCCAGAGAGGGACCUAAAAUUGCAGGAUUGGGUGUUUCUAAUCAGUUGUCAGAGCUGAACAAAACUGGGCCAAACUCAUUAACAGUUCCUGACCCUGACUUCCACGAUUUUGACAAGGUCAGAUCAGAGGAAUGCUUCAAGCCCAAGCAAAUAUGGGCUCUAUAUGAUGAAGAAGAUGGAAUGCCUCGAUUAUACUGCUUGAUCCGCGAGGUUAUUUCUGUUAGGCCAUUCAAGAUUCAUAUCAGUUACUUGAACUCUAAAACUGACAGUGAAUUUGGUUCAGUGAAAUGGGUGGAUUCUGGGUUUACCAAAUCUUGUGGUAAUUUCAGAGCAUGGAACUCUGAUGUUGUCAGUGAAGUCAACAUUUUCUCCCAUCUUUUGAAUGGGGAGAAGGCUGGCAGAGGGGGUUGUGUCCGGAUCUACCCCAAAAGUGGAGAUAUUUGGGCUGUCUAUCGGAACUGGUCUCCAGAUUGGAACAGGAAAACCCCAGAUGAAGUGAGGCACCAGUAUGAGAUGGUGGAGGUUCUUGAUGACUACUCCGAGCAGCUUGGAGUAUGUGUUGCACCACUUAUUAAAUUGGGGGGAUUUAAGACAGUAUAUCAGAGGAAUGCAAACAAGGAUGCUAUUAAAUGGAUUCCAAGGAGAGAGAUGCUGCGGUUUUCGCACCAGGUGCCAUCCUGGUCACUUAAAGGAGAAGCAAGUAAUUUGCCUGAGGGGUGCUGGGAUCUGGACCCAGCUGCAAUUCCAGACGCACUGCUUCAAGCUAUGAUCGAAUCGAAGGCUGAAAACAAACCUGCCCAAAUUGAAGAGAUGAUAUUCCACAACCAGUAGGGGGCAAUCAUCCAAAAUAACAUGGCUAUUGCUCAUUCCAGGUGACAAUUUGUAUUUUGGGCACAUCCAGAUUUUAUUAGUAGCAUGCUUCCUUUCUGCUGCCGGAGUUUUCUUCUGCUUACAACUAACAGUGCAUCAUCGUUGCGCACUUUUAUGCUGCCCAUUAAGGUUAUCUCUAUUGGGGGCAGCCUUAUUGUUUCUCAUUCAUCUAGUUUCUCGGAUUCAAUUAUGUACAAACAAGUCCCAGCCCACGAACGUAAAAACGCUAAUCAGGGGAAAAGUGAAAAAAGAAGAAGAGUUUUCUCAGGUUUGCCGCUGUUGAAACUGUAGAUGCGCAACCUCUUGGGGCUAGUCCCCAUGUCAGUUUCAUGCCUACUUGAUCAGCUAUUUCCUGUAUCUCUAUGCAGCAGCACUUUCUUUCUGGGAAAUAAUGAAUUGCACUUGACUCUACGAAGUUUUCUAAUAUUAAUUAUUUGAUCUUGAAGUUUCGUAAA